AUGUCAGGAAUGGUAACAGAAGAAGGGUUCGAGGAGCCUGAGCAGACAGGGGCGGAUGACACUGCAAUGCCUGCGGAUGUGGAUGUGCCCGGGAGGGGGAGAGGAGGUCGUGGUCGCGGCGGGCGGGGCCGGGGACGUGGAACGAAGGCUGCUGGCAAGAAUCAGAGUGCUGGUCGGGGUGGAAAGAAAGCUGCUCCGGUUACGACAUGCAUAUGUCCGAACUGCACAGCGCCAAAGUAUCCUGGGUCCAGAUUCUGCAGUCUGUUCCACCACAAGAAGGCCUGGGACAACCUCUGUUACCAGAGACGCACUCGCUCUCUGACAGACGAGGAGAAGGAGGCGUUCGACAAGGGCAUGGCCAACGAUGGGGAGGCUGGGAAGGUGGUGGAGCAGUUCGCCACCGAUAACCCACCGGAACUCAAAAAAAAACAGCUAUUUGACUUUGCCAAAUUCUGUCGUGUCACUGGGCAACGCCUGUCAAAGCAAGUGCAAAAGGGCAACAAGCCUUUCACAGAAAGGGCAUACUACAAGUAUGCGGAGAACGUCCUCGGCUUGUCAACAGAGGAGGCUGAGGAGGAGUGGAAGGUCUAUGUCGCCAACAAGACCCUCAGGAGGGACAACGAGGGGCACAAGGGGGCUGAAAGGAUAUGGAUCCCGGCUCACGACUUGGAUGUGGACACAAGGGAACAUUACGUCGACAAUCAGGUGAUUGAAGGAUCCGAGGACUUCAAAGCGCCGACAGACGCAGAUCGGAAGAUGCUCCAGGAUCAUCUUCGGCGUCAGCACUUGGGCUUCGACGACGAGCGCUUCACUUUCACAGCCGAGCAGGUUGCAGAUGUCGCCAGCGGUGUGCCGCCAGUCACCCCCAAGAAAAAGGCUGGGACAGACGCCGACAAGUUGUUGGGUGAAACCGCGGAGGACACUUUGACUCCUGAGAAGGUAGCAGCCGUGAACCUGACACGGGAGCCGACUCAGCUGCAUCGAGCUAUGGACUCCUCUCUGAGAAAGAUUCGACGUGAAUUCAAGAAGGUGGUGCCCGUAGCACUGGCGGCUGUGAAGGAGUACGAGCAAUACCCUGCACCACUCCGAGCCUCCGAUCGUGCUCUCCUUUCCUUCUGGCUGGAGACAGGGCUCCGCUGUGCUGGCAAGCCGGAGGACAUGUGCUGGAUGGUCCCAGACUCCUCUGUGAGCUCUGCGGGUCCAUCCGGGCAUGUUCCUCUCGGUCCUGCUCAGUCUCAGCCGGGUACCCCGAAUCAGGCAGUGAGUGCCACAGCUUCUGAGGGUGCUGCUGAUGCGGUGAGCUCAGAGUUCAUUGAGCAGCGGAAGCUUCUAUCCUUCGAGGGUUUCCUUGCUGAGCCUCGCACCAGCAAGAACAAGUUCUGGGACGGCGGUGUGAAUGUUUUGCGGGAGCUGGAUGUUGUGCAGGACUCUAUGGAAACUUUGCUCGAGUGCAAAGAACCUCAGGAGUUCCUGAAGUACAAGCAGGAAUGGCUUGCCAGUGAGAAGGCUUUUCUGCAACUUCCCAAAGCCAUCAAGCAGUCCGCAGAUGACCUCACCAAACACAUGAAGCUCAGGAUUGCAGAGGAUUCUCGGGAGAAGAAGCGCCAACUUGACCAGAAGGCCAAAGAUGACUUGCAGCGUGUGCGGAACGAGGCCAAGCAGCAAGCUGAAGCCAUUAAGAAAAGGAAGCUGGAUCAGCAAAGUGUUGUGGCCAAAAUCUAUACCGUUGACAUGCCGGCCAGCAUGUGUGCCGCCGUACCAACGGCGACGUCAGGUUCAACCCCGGAUUUUGCGAAGCCUUGGAUGAUGGAUUGCAGCACCGAGUUGGUUGCAGUUCUUGGAGAUCCUGUUGUGCAAAAGGCCAUCGGCACAUGGGGAUCCCAAUACAAGAGAACCAUGGCAGCUGCCAAGAUUUCGUGUGCAACUUUCCCCUUGGACGAAAAAUCCGGUCGUGGCCUUGUCAAUGACUUCGCUGCCACACUCAAGCCCCGCGGGCAGCAACCGGACAUAACACCAGUUUCUGGCGGCAAACAGUUCACGGACAGCGUGUGGUUGUAUGGCCUCAGCCCUGAUCACAAGACAAUUUCCUUCCUGCCCAACCAUGCUCCGUGCGUCAGGGUCCUUGCUGUUGGUGAGACUCGCUACAUUUUGAUCGAAUGGUCCAGCUUGCUGGCGGCCCUUGAGAUCAAAGAUGACGCGCCUGGUCUCCCAGAGUGUGCCAUUAAUACGUUGAGAGGCCUGGAUGAGCCAGCACUUGAAGCCUUGCCUGGCAAAGGGAUUGUGUGGAUGCAGUGCACCUUGAAGCCGCAAGUUGCAUUGUUUAUUCCUACCGGCUGGCUAGUUGUCGAAAUCUCCGGCAACUGUCCGCUCAUCUAUGGAUUUCGGAAGGGGUUCUUCACAUUCCUGACGAAGCAUGUCCAGAAGUAUGAGGAGGCUGUCUUUUUGCAACGUGCAUGCCAGCAGAACGUGACACGGAUGGAACAGAUUCUCCAAAUCCUGAAGGAUCAGGGGAAGCCUAGGGCAGAUGAGCCAAAGCCAGGGCAGAAAGCGAACGAGGCAUAG